AUGCAGAUAACAAUUGAUGAAGUUUUACAAUGGAAUACAAGUAUUGAGAAAGCGGAUGCUUAUGGUGCCUAUCUAAACAAUCAAUCCAAUGAUCAAUUUGUAUGCAAAUGUAUUCGUCCAAAUACAUUCGGAAUAAUGUGUGAAUAUCAAUUUAUUUUUAAUCAAACAUGGAAUGAUGAAAUUACAACACAAUUUCUUAUGAAAACACAGGAUCCUAGUACAAAUCAAGAGUAUGGAGAUACAUUAUGCUAUGAAACAUUAGAAUGUAAUCACGGUUUACUUUGUCUCGACUGGCGAUAUAUAUGCGAUGGUCGACAACAAUGUAUGAAUGGAGUCGAUGAAGAAAAUUGUGAUUUACUCGAAUUUAAUGAAUGCGAUAAAAACGAAUUUCGAUGUCGAAACGGAAUGUGUAUUGCUGAUCGUUUUUGGUUAGAUGGUAUGUAUGAUUGUAUGGACUGGAGUGAUGAAAAUGACCCUGGUGCUAAUAUGAGAUGUGAUUCACGCACAUCAUUACCGAAUUUUCAUUGCGAUGAACGAUUGUGUCGCUUUGAAGAGUUCUCAUGUGGUAAUGGUGGCUGCAUCUCGAUGAGAAAUCGUUUUAUAUUUGACGACUCUAGUGUACCGGACGAGCAUUGUUAUACGAUGCGUGAAUCUCAAUACAUAUGCGAAUUAAAUGCGUAUGGGAAUAGAUUAUGGACUACAACUGAUGGUCGAUGUGUACAUGAUCCAAAUUAUAAAGACGAGUCCAACGAAGAUGAUGAAUGGUAUAAUCCAUGGGAUAUUUGUCCCUAUUUAUUGAAAUGUUUAUUUACAAAAGGUCUUGAAAAACAUUGUCCUUGCAACUCAGAUGAAGACUGUGUUCCAUUGAUGAAAAUUAGCUGCUUACAGGAGUUGAUAUUAUACCCGGAAGGAGCAUUGCUAACGCCAUACUUAUGGACACUCUAUGAAAUUAAUACACAUGACUGGAAGAAUGGUGUUGCUCCUGAUCGUUUAAUUUUUGACGGAAGUCUCAGAUGUCGAGGUUACAAUGGUCAACAUUUUUCUAUAAGAAAUUAUCUCAGUGCUUACUUUCAUCUCUUUUAUCUAGAUACAGUUUUUUGCUUGCUUGUCGAAGUAAAUAAUGAUAUACGAGAAAAUACUUCGAUGUACGAUCUCAAUUGUUAUAACGAAUCAAUUACAUUUAAUGGCUUUCAGUAUCAAGUCGACGAUGUUUGUAAAGGAACGCAUCAGUGUAUAUCGAGAUAUCGUUUGAAUGAUGGUUUUGUGGAUUGUUAUUAUGGUGAAGAUGAAAACAUUAACUUUAUUAAUCAAUCAAGCACAUGUUUCAAUCAAGAAAAGUAUCGUUUUAAAUGUUCACAUUCCCAGUCUACAUGUUAUUAUUCGAAAAAAAUUGGUAAUAACAUCUUUGAUUGUGAUAAUAAACAAGAUGAAGUUACGAAAAUGAAUCAGUUAAUGUUGAUAAGUUUACAAGAAAAAUGUCGACCAGGAUGGGAUAUAAGUAAUUGUUACUUGUUGAGAAAAUAUAUUGAACAUUCAUCAACAUUAUUUGUUGAUUUCAAUGAAAAUGAACUAGUUGAUUAUCAAUCGUCUUCUAUCACACCAUUUCGAUAUUAUUGCGAUACAUUAUGGGAUAUUGUUAAUCACGAUGAUGAACUUCCAACGAAUUGUUUUUAUUGGCAUUGUCGUCCGAGUGAAUAUCAAUGUGAAACUUAUCAAUGUAUUCCCAAAGAAUGGGUCUGUGAUGGUGAAUGGGACUGUCCCGAUGCAUCGGAUGAACAGAAGAUUUUUACAAUGCGAAAUCUUUCGGAACAUAAUCUUCGAUAUUUCAAUCUUACAGAUUUAAAAAUUAAAUGUUCGAAUACUUAUCCAAGUACAAAACAACCAUUUUUUAAUAAAUGUAAUUUAUCAGAAGAAUAUCCAUGUUUUCGAAACAAUGUUACGAAUCCAUUAGAUUUAACUGAAAAUCAUCCUUGUGUUCCAUUGACGAAAAUUGGUGAUGGAAUUAGCGAUUGUCACGAUGGAUGGGAUGAGAGAAAUAUGAUUGAAAUUAUUUCAAUAAAUCAAGUGCUUGGCUAUUAUUUGAUUUGUUCACAUAAUUCUCUACCUAUCGAAUAUGAUAAGAUUUGUAAGAAACGAUGUGUAAUUACAAGUGAUGAUGAAACGAUGUGUUUUUAUAAAAGUAAGAAUGUAUCAUGGUGUUCUGGUCCAAACGAUGUCGUAUGUCUUGAUGGGACAUGUCGCUUAGACGCACGUUGUGAUGAGAAAACUCAAUGUCCAUAUGGAGAAGAUGAAUAUCGAUGUGUUCUAUUGGAAAAAACAUUCUUAGGUUUUAGUAAUGAUUUAACAAACUAUCGAGGCUCAAAAAAACUUGAACGUAUGUUUACAUUCAGUGAAUUUUAUUCUCUAAUAUCAUCUGGAAUAAGUGUUUCGAUGGAAACCGAAUUGCAUAUUUCAGAUUCAAAAGAGAAACAUUCAUUAUACGAUCAAAUAUUCUAUUGUAAUCGUGGUGUUUCUUUUAUAAAUGAAAACUUCGAUGGUCCUUCUACAGUAUGUUUUUGUCCAAUAUCUUAUUAUGGAUCUUUCUGUCAAUAUUUUUCGGAUCGUUUAACCAUUGUCAUUUAUAUCGAUUGGACGAAUUCUUUAUUUGUGAAUUCGAUGGAUAAUUCAAUUGUAAUUAAAAUCGUUGCUUUAUUUUUAUUUAACAAAACAAAUAUAAUCGAUUCUCAUGUAUUUCAUAUUCGUCCUGCUCUAUACGAUGAAAACGAGAAAGAAAGUUUUGCUUUUCAUUAUCCUCGAUUUUCAUCAAUGCUUGAACAUAAACAAAAUCGCUAUCGUAAUCGGAAGUCUAUUAUAGAAGAACAUCCAUAUUCAAUUCAAUUCGAAGGUUAUCAUUUAGGUUUUAAUCAAUUAUCAUUGAUUGGAAUUUGGCAUUAUCCAAUUUAUUUUGAUUUUCUACCAUCAUUUCGUUUAGCUAAAGUUUUACAAUUUGGAAAAUAUCCAAAUUCAUGUAAACAGAAUUCCUGUCCAACAAAUCAUAUUUGUUCUCCUAUCAUUAAUCAAAACUCAAGUUUUACAUGUCUCAGUGAUAUUCAAUGCGAAAAUUAUUGUUUUCCCGGAUCAAUUUGUAAAGUACGUGAUAAUAAUCUUCCAUUAUGCUUAUGUCCUUUGGGAAGAUUUGGUCCACGAUGUUAUUUAUUACACAAUAAAUGUUUAUCAAAUCCUUGUCUAAAUAAUGGAACAUGUUUAGAAAGAUUUGAUUAUACUAAAAAAAGGCUAUUUAUUUGUUUAUGUUCAAAGAAAUUUGAGGGUGAUCAAUGUGAAAAGAAAAAAACAUCGAUAUCUUUUCAUAUCGAAGGUAAUCUAACGAAUAUCAGAGCAUCUGUUGUGCAAUAUUAUAGUUAUGAUGAAAUUCAAUUCAAUCUAAUAUUAAUCGAACAACAUGUCUUUCAUUCAAUUAUAUCAAUGAGUGAAUUUUAUUUCAUUGGAAUCAUCAAACCAAUAAUAGUUCUUCUGGUAUUAUUUGAUAAAGACUAUCAUGGACACUAUCAUCUUCUUUAUUUUGAAAAAUAUGUCGUAACGUUUAAUAUAACUAGUCUAUUAUCAUCUGACAAUCAAUGUUAUUUAUCAAAUGAUCUUCUUAAGAAUUCAUCGAAACCAGAUAAUAUUCCACCAGUAUUUUUUUAUCAUAAAAUUUGUAACGAAAGAAAAUUAUUGAAUAUUUCUAUUCAAUGUUUUUAUGAUCAAUCAUAUCUUUGCAUAUGUGGAAAAGAUAAUUCUUAUGCUGAAUGUUUUGCGUUUAAUCCUGCAUUAACUCAUUGUUCAAAAUGUUUUUCUAAUGGUCAUUGUAUUCAAGGUAAUCUUAAAGAUACAAAUGAUUUCAUUUGUUUAUGUCCGACAUGUUAUUAUGGUCGUCGUUGCCAAUUUAGUACAAAUAUUUUAAGUUUUACAUUGGAUUCGCUUAUGUUUGAAAGUAUCUCUACUAUUCAAUAUAGUUGUUUAGUUUUAACAAUUCUGAUCUUUUUAUUUGGUUUAUUAAGUAAUUUUUGUAGUUUUAUUACAUUUCGACGACCUAAAAUACGUCAAGUUGGUGUUGGUAAUUAUCUAUUCAUCGGAAGUGUGAUUAAUCAAGCAUCAUUAUGCUUUUUAUUAUUGAAAAUCGUUUAUUUAGUAUUAAAUCAUUUCUCUAUGUUCGAUCAAACACCUUCAAUGAAUCUUAUUUUAUGUAAAACAAUUUCAUAUAUUUUAUCAAUUUUAACUCGUUCAAUUUAUUGGCUUACAAGUUGUAUAUCAGUAGAACGAUUAAUUCUGAUUAAAUUUCCAACAUCAAUAUUCGUUAAGAAACCACGUUUAGCUAUUGGGAUAAGUAUUGGAACAAUAUUAAUCCUGUGUGCUAUGCAUAUUCAUGAAAUUAUUUUCUAUACGACAAUUGAAGAUGUGAAUUCUGAAAAAGUAUGUGCGAUUGAUUUAACUAAAGACUUUGUCUUUACCUACAAUCGUGUCUCGAUAUUUAUUCAUCAUUUCUGUCCAUUUACAAUUCAAAUUAUCUGUAUUACUUUACUGAUUAUCUUUGCUGCACGUUCUCGUGCUAAAGUACAAAAAUCUCAAAUGAAUUUUUAUCAAAUUCUUCGAAAACAAUUUCGAAACCAACGCGAACUUUAUAUAACACCUAUUAUUAUCAUUUUAUCAUCAUUACCACAGAUUAUUCUAUCAUUUAGCUUUGCUUGUACGCACUUUUCCAAUGGAAAAAGAUAUGGUUUACUUUUUGCUUAUUUAUUAUCCUAUUUACCGCAAACGCUUGGAUUUUUACUCUAUGUUUUGCCAUCGACGUUCUAUAAAUCUGAAUUUAUUCAAACAAACAUCGGACAAUUCCUUUUGAAAAGAUCAAUUAUCGCCAAACAAACAAUAACAACGAGCAAAUAA